CACACGACCUGCGGCAACGCCAUGCAGCUCGAUGUCUGCGCUGCCAAAGCUGUUGGCGAGCUUCCGAGAGAUCUUGGAGGAUGCGAAAGACUGGGCACAAGGCAGCCAUGAAAAGAGUAACUGGCUGAUUCCUGGAUGGGUGCUGCUGGGUGGAUGGCCCUUCCGUUUGCCCAAGGGUCGAGGUUCCGCUGGCGAAUCGGAAGAUGAAGGUGCUGCAAAGCUGGCCAGUAUAUUGGAUGCGGGCAUCCUAACUUUCAUUUCGCUCACAGAACAUGAUGAGAUUCGUGGCAAAGCCUACUGCUACAACCGCUUCCGCAGCUGCGCAGAGCGGCACCAUGCCCUCGUUUCGCUGCCGCGGCGGCAGGCGAAACGACGGGGAACGGAGCUGAGAUUCUUGGAGUGCCCCAUGCCCGACGGCGGCACUUGUGCGGACGAGAAGGUCAUGCAGCUCCUGGGGAAUCUGAUCCAAGAGCUUGAGGAUGGAAGGGCUGUGUACAUCCAUUGCUACGGCGGCCAUGGACGGACCGGAAUCGUGGCAUGUGCUUUGCUGUGCCUCUUCAUUGAAGUGGCCCCAGAGGAAGCGGUCUCUAUCUUUAACCACUUGCAUUCGUACCGCGUGGAGUGUGGGGUCGGCGGUCCAGGACAGUUUCCUCACAGCGAGCAGCAGUUCGAGCAGCUCUGUCGCAUCGCGAAGGAACGCGGCCGUUUCCGUUCUCCGCUCAUUGGAUCACCCCUUGCUGCAACAUGAAGACGGAGAGGUGAGUCGACUUCUAUGACAUGAUGUUCGCGGCCGAAGAGCAACGGCACACAGAAGCCGGCCCCUUUGUCCCAUGGUGCAUUGGAGAACACCUUGAUGGACAGCUGCCCGCAGAACGCGCAGUGACUCAGAUCAAUCCCAUAUGCGUCAUGUAUGGAGUGGAAACCCACAUUUGGAGGUUUCCAUAGUCAUGGGAUGUCAUGGGGGUACCCCCAGUUCUCA